UGCUGUAGAGACUCAAUUCUAAAUCGCGCACGAAUUGCGGGGUGUUACCCUUACAUUCGGAAGAACAAGGGGCUAGAAUCGUUGCCCCUCUGAACAGUUUUUAAUGAUUUUAUCUAUGCGCUUUUAUGUGACGGAGUACGUUGGCGGAUAACUGACAGAGCAGCGACUGCAACUGCUUCACUGGUUACCUGCUCCAACCGCGCUAGCGCGACAGAGCAAAAUAUUACAGGCGGUAUUUACUGAUUGUGCGGACUUUUCUCCAAACAUUUUUGCAUGGAUGUAUAAUGGCUACGUUUGUAUGCAGGGUACAGUUCCUAGAUGAUACUGAUCCAUUUAACAGCACGAAUUUUCCCGAGCCGACCAGACCUCCUCAUUACACAUUCAGGGAGGAUAUUCCUUUUAUUAAUCAGAUUGCUGGAAUCCAUCGGCUUCUCAAAGCUCCACAAAAGCUUGAUGACUGCGCCCUGCAGCUCUCUCACAAUGGGAGCUACCUGGACCUGGAGUCCACUCUGGCGGAGCAGAAGGACGAGCUGGAGGGCUUCCAGGAGGAUGGAGGAAGAGGGAAGAAGCACAGUAUCAUCCUCCGGACUCAGCUGUCUGUGAGAGUUCACGCCUGCAUUGAGAAGCUGUACAACUCCAGUGGCCGAGAGCUAAGAAGAGCCCUGUUCUCCCUCAAGCAGAUCUUUCAGGAUGAUAAGGACCUGGUGCACGAGUUUGUGGUGGCGGAGGGGCUCACGUGUCUGGUGCGCGUGGGAGCGGAGGCCGACCAGAACUACCAGAACUAUAUUCUCAGAGCUCUGGGGCAGAUCAUGCUGUACGUGGACGGGAUGAAUGGCUUGAUUAGCCAUAAUGAGACAGUGCAGUGGCUCUACACCCUCAUCGGAUCUAAGUUCCGUCUGGUGGUGAAGACGGCGCUGAAGCUGCUGCUGGUGUUUGUGGAGUACACCGAGGCCAACGCCGCGCUGCUCAUCCAGGCCGUGUGCGCCGUGGACGCCAGGAAAGGGUGUAAGCCGUGGUCAAAUGCCAUGGAGAUUCUUGAUGAAAAAGAUGGAGUAGACACAGAGUUGUUGGUGUAUGCCAUGACUCUGAUAAACAAGACGCUGGCUGGGCUCCCUGACCAGGACUCCUACUAUGACGUGGUGGACUGUCUGGAGGAGCAGGGCAUUGAGGCCAUGGCCCACCGGCACCUGAACAGGAAGGGCACGGACCUCGACCUGGUGGAGCAGUUCAACAUCUACGAGUUGAACUUGCGGCACGAGGACGGCGACGACGAGAGCCAGCCUCCGCUCUCGGGGCGCAAGGACCGGCGGCGCGCCAGCGUGGGGGGUCCCCCGGAGAGGCGGGGCCUGGAGAGGAGGCGCAGCAGGAGACACUCCCUGCAGAACGGCAAAGGCCCCGCCUCCGCCCCGGCGUCGCCCAGCAACCACGGCCACGGCCCCAACUUCCCCUCGUUCGGCGGGGCCCGGAUCGAGGACAUCACCGAGAGACACCACGGCCAUGGCGCAACCUAUCCCGGCCGGUCCCACUGCAUGGUCAGCGCUCCGUCCACCCCACAAAGCCGCUUCGCACCUUCAGCUCCUCCAUCUCCUUCUACAGAGGUCAAGACAGACAGAUCCACACUCGGGGGCCUGCUGACGUCCUCGUACCGGCAGCAUCAGGAGUCUCUGGCUGCAGAACGGGAACGACGACGCAUGGAGCGAGAGGAGCGCUUGCAGAGAAUUGAGCGAGAGGAGAGGAGCCGCUUCAACCGAGACCACAUUGAGAAACGGGAGGAGGUCAGACAAGCUCGGGAGGACAGGUAUAAACAGGUGGAGAGGAUAGCAGCAGAGGAGUAUGAGCGGGAGCGCGUGAGAGCGCCACCUAGAGGUCGCACGGAGAUCACGCUGAGCCUGAGCUCCCGGAGCAGCGCUUCGUCUCACAGUCCCACCCCGGAGUCCGUGGCACGCACACACACUACGCACGUAAAUGAGCUCCGGUCGAAGCCAAGCCGUGACCCACAGGCUGCUGCCCGCUCAGGAGUGGAGCCGCUGCUCCCGCCGCCGGCGUCGUCUGCCUCCCCCUCAGCAGCACCUCCCCCGGGCGCUCCCUCGCCUCACUCCUCCUCCGGCGCAGACCAGCGGCGCUCCACCAAGGAGCUCGCCGCCGCCCCCGCGCCACACACACAGCAGCAGAAGCAGGAGGAGGUGGAGGAGGAGAAGAGGACACAGGGACAUGCAGCGGAGGUGAAGCCAGGAGGGGAGACGCAGCCACAGGCGGUGGAGGAGGAGGAGGACGACGAGAAGGCAGCUGUGGAGGAAGAGAUCCUGGAGAGGGAGGCGGAGGAGAGCAGUCUCCUGAGUGAGAAGGAGAGGCAGAACGAGGAGGUGAACGAGAAGGACAACUGCUCAGCCUCCAGCAUCUCCUCAGCAAGCAGCACACUGGAGAGGGAGGAGAAGGAGGAGAAACUCAGCAGUGACAACAACUCAGGCCAGUGGUCCGAAGACGUGGACGCCAAUGACCAGUGUAGGAAGGUGCUCAACGGCUCCCGCUUCAAGCUGGACAAACUGUACGGCCAGAGCCAGAAGCCGCUAGAUGAGGAGGAGAAGGAGAAGGAGAGCGAGCAGGAGGAGAAGCAGAGCGUGGGGCAGGACCUGGCCAUCCGCAUCUCCACGCUGGAGGCGCGGCAGCAGGCCAGCGAGGAGAACCUCAAGAAGAUGGACAAGGCUCAGCUGGACAACCAGGGCAACGUGCGGGCGGUGGCCGAGAAGUUCGGCGAUCUGGUCAAGGGCCUGGUGUCGCCGGCGGAGGCGGAGGCGCUGGAGAAGCAGGCGCAGGAGAGGCAGCUGUCGGACAAGAGCCCGUCCCCGUCCACGCCGAUCGCGCCGCCCCCGCUCCCGAAGAAGGAGUCGGACCAGAUCUGGGAUCAGCUGAUGGCCUGCCCGCGCGAGCUGCGCAUCAAGGAGAUGAACUUCACCGACCUGACGGAGGCCGACGACGUGGACAUCCUGGACACGGUCAGCGGGUUCGGCUCCUCGGACCUCACGUCUCCGCCGCUGCCCCCGCCCCUCUGUUUGUCUGCACUGCCGCCCCCGCCGCCCCUCAUGGGCUGCCCCCCGCCCCCACCCAUGCCUGGCACGCGGAUGCCACCCCCUCCGCCCUUCAUCGCGCCCCCGGGAUACCCGCCGCCAGGCUCGCCGAUGAGCAACAGGGGAGAAGCGCCACACUUCCAGAAGAAGAGGAAGACCAUCCGGCUGUUCUGGAACGAGAUCCGGCCCGCGGACUGGCAGUACCCCGGUCAGAAGAACAACAAGGAAUCCCUGUGGUCCAAACUAGAGCCCGUCAAAGUGGACACGUCCAAGUUGGAGAACCUGUUUGAGACCAAGUCCAAGGAGCUACCCGUCACAAAGAAAGCAGCAGCAGAUGGCAAACGUCAAGAGAUUAUUGUCCUGGACUCCAAAAGAAGUAAUGCCAUCAACAUCGGCCUGACAGUCUUACCGCCUCCCCGCACCAUUAAGACUGCCAUCCUCAACUUUGAUGAGUACGCCUUGAACAAGGAGGGCAUCGAGAAAAUCCUCACCAUGAUCCCCACGGAGGAGGAGAAGCAGAAGAUCCAGGAGGCCCAGCUGCUCAACCCCGAGGUCCCGCUGGGCAGCGCCGAGCAGUUCCUGCUCACGCUCUCCUCCAUCACGGAGCUGUCCGCCCGCCUGCAGCUCUGGGCCUUCAAGAUGGACUACGACACCAUCGAGAAGGAAGUGGCUGAGCCCAUGCAGGACCUGAAAGAAGGCAUGGAGCAGCUGGAGAAGAACAAGACACUGCGCUACAUCCUGUCCACGCUACUCGCCAUCGGCAACUUCCUCAACGGCUCAAACGCGAAGGGUUUUGAGCUGAGCUAUCUGGAGAAAGUUCCAGAAGUGAAGGACACGGUGCACAAGCAGUCUCUCCUUCACCACGCGUGCUCCAUCGUGGUGGAGCGGUUUCCAGACAGCACGGACCUCUACUCGGAGAUCGGGGCCAUCACACGCUCUGCCAAGGUGGACUUUGACCAGCUCCAGGAGAACCUGGGCCAGAUGGAGCGGAGGUGCAAGGCGUCGUGGGACCACCUCAAGGUCAUCUCCAAGCACGAGAUGAAGCCGUCGCUCAAGCAGAGGAUGUCCGACUUCCUGAAGGACUGCGCCGAGCGGAUCAUCAUCCUGAAGAUCGUCCACCGCAGGAUCAUCAACAGGUUCCACGCGUUCCUGCUGUUCCUGGGCCACCCGGCGUACACGGUGCGCGACGUGAGCGUGCACCGCUUCAGCAAGAUCCUGAGCGAGUUUGCGCUGGAGUACCGCACCACGCGCGAGCGCGUCCUGCAGCAGAAGCAGAAGCGCGCCAACCACCGCGAGCGGAACAAGACCCGGGGCAAAAUGAUCACAGACGGAGGGAAGUUUGGCGGCUCGGGUCCCGAGGCUCCGGAGGCGCAGGGUCUGGGCUACGCUGAGAGCGCUGCCGAGCACGAGAGCAUGAAGGCCGUCCUCAAGAGCAGCCUGCAGGGCGGCGACAGCACCGCCUCCGUGGUUCCUGGUCUCCGCACAAGGACCAGAGCCAGCAGGGGAUCUCUUGUAGGCCGGAACAACUUAUGGUCAUCGGCGAAUGACGACCCGACAAUUUGCACAGACGACACGGCAGACGAGAUCAUGGAGCGCAUCGUGAAGUCCGCCACUCAGGGGCCGAGUCAGAGGACACAGCCACGGGAGAGGAGGAGAUCCAGGGCCAACCGCAAAUCCUUGAGGAGGACGUUGAAGAGCGGCCUGACCGCAGAGGAGGCCCAGGCUCUGGGGCUGUCCAGUGGUUCCGAGAUGCAGGUGUGACGUGGCGAGAUUCAGCAGCUCUGGCUCCAGCACACACUCUCCCUCUCUUAUACACACACACACACACACACACAUUCGUCCAGGGAAACAAACCCCCCAUUCAUCCAGCCCUGAUCUCCAGCCCUGUCCACACCGUGACGCCGUGGCCGGGGCUGCUCCUGGCCUGAUCAGGCUUCCUGGGGGCUCUGGCCAGAGCUCAACACCUGUUGCACACUCUGUGGUUUAAGGAAGCGGUGCAGUAUUUCACAGUGACACGUAUGCACACACACACACACACACACACACACAAAGCUCAGCAGCUUGUACGUGGAGCAGAAUGUUCUCCCCUCCUCGUGGCUGGAAGAGCUCGCCGUCAGCCUCCUCCAGCUCUCUCUCUCACUCAGGGCUCACAACCCCAACGCAGCUUCCACACACAGCUCAGACUGGACACGAGUGAGUGAGCGAGCGAGCGAUCGACUGAGGUGUUUCAAAACCACUGUGGCCUUUCUGUAACCUGGACACAGGACACUGUCCCGCUCACAGAAGCCCAUCCUUUAUCAGCAACACCAGUGGAUAGCACAUUGGUGGAGUUAUUGUAGCUUAUG